AUUUCGAAUGUUUCAAACAGUGUUAAGUUUGCCUGUAAUAUUUUUUGGUCAUGGAUCUCCUAUGAAUGGUAUAGAAGUGAAUGUAUUUUCUCUUAAAUGGAAAGAACUUGGAAGGACUUUACCAAAACCAAAUUCAAUUCUAGCUGUAUCAGCCCAUUGGGAAACAGAUGGUAUAAAAUUAACAGGAAAUAAAAUACAAAAAACCAUUCAUGAUUUCGGAGGAUUCCCUAAAAAAUUAUAUGAAUAAUAGUAUAAUCCACCUGGUAAUUUGAACUUAUGUGAAAGAAUCCAAAAAUUAAUACCUGAAGCUAAAAUUGACAACACUUGGGGAUUAGAUCAUGGAACAUGGACAAUACUUAAAUAAAUGUAUCCUGAAUAAGAUAUUCCUGUUAUACAAUUAAGUCUUAGUAAAAGAUUAUCAGAAGGAGAACAUUAUAAUAUUGGUAAAAUAUUGGCUCCAUUAAGAAAAGAAGGAGUUAUGAUAAUAGGAAGUGGAAAUAUAAUUCAUAGUUUCAAAGAAAUGGAAUGGACAGAAACUGCUAAGCCUAGAUCUUGGGCUGCAUAAUUCAAUGAAUCAGUCAAAGACAUGAUUCUAAAAAAAGAACAUGAUAAAUUAAUAAACUACAAAAAAUUAGAAUAUGGUCUUAGAGCCAGUCCAACACCAGAACACUAUUUACCAUUUCUCUAUGUAUUAGGACUUUAGGAAAGUACUGAUAAAGUGACAUUUUUUAAUGAUGAAGUUGUAAUGGCUUCAUUCUCAAUGACUAGUUUUAUUUUGAGUUCUUGAGUUAAAUUUAU